AGAGAGGCAAAACAGAUCAGCGCAAAACAGUUCAGCGCAUCCCACCACGACCAAAUGCUUCUUUCAAUAUAUUGCUAUAGUCCAUUUUCAGUGUACCUAGGUAGAUCCUCUUUCUCUCUCUUGGAAAUGACAGUCCGACUACGGAGAGUUAUGCCCUUGGCGCUGGUGGUUUUCAUGUGCGCACUGAUCUAUGUGCUUCUGUAUGAACACAUCUCUGAAGACAGCAUCGGGAUCCGUUUCUACGGUGAUGGAAACAUUGUGGCUGUCUAUGACACAUCUAAAAGGUGGAGCUUGCCCGCAUGGUUGAAAAACUUCCACUAUGCCUCCAAUGUGGACUUAAAUAUUAAUAUAACUAGGAAAACUGCAGCUGGUAACUUCAUAGCAAUCACAACCAAAGAAAAAAGUAAUUCCGUGACGACUGACCCAACAACUUUAAAGCAGACCGUGAAACAGACAAAUGGAUUAACAGGUGGACCCAGGUCUGCACACAAGGAGACCCCUAUGCUCCCCCUGCAACAAAAGGACUUCGAGCAAUAUCCCGACUGGGAUUUUGAGGAUGUUUACAUCCGGGACAAGCAAACGAGACAGACGGCCUGUCCCCAGUCUCUGCGGAACUCCAAGGACCCAGGCUUCCAGCAGGCCUUUAUACCAGACGUCCAGUUGUACCUCCACGGUGAACUACUCAACGUGCCAGAGUGGAACAGGCUAGCUCACUUCAAUAACCCCUUUGGCUUCAUGGAAUACACAAACUACACAGAAAUAAAGGCAGUGGUGGACCUGAUCCCCAAGCCAAGAGAGGCCCUGCUCCUGCCGCGGGGGAACCUCAAGUGUAUUCGCUGUGCUGUGGUGGCCAACGGAGGAAUCCUCAAUGGCUCUCGGAUGGGGAAGGAGAUCGAUGCCCAUGACUACGUGUUCCGGAUGAAUGGUGCCAUAACCAAGGGUUAUGAGGAGGAUGUAGGUAAUAGAACGUCGGUGUACAUUCACACCGCCCACGCCAUCACAUCAUCUCCUUAUCUAUUCCAGAAAUAUGGCUACAACAAUGCACCUCAUGACGAGGGUAUAAAGUAUGUGCUGAUUCCAGAGGGGCUGAGGGAUUUCCAGUGGCUACAGGGUCUAUUUGGGAAGACACUAGUCUCUAAAGGACCCUACAAGAACAGACAGCCGUGGAAGGACUACUCAGGACAGUUUGAUGAGACCCGCUUCUAUGUUCUUCACCCUGACUUUCUCAGAUACAUCCGCAAAAGGUUCAUGUGGUCCCAGGAGAUGAAGAGUUCAUUGUGGUCUAUAUUCAGACCUACUAACGGAGCAUUCACACUCUUCCUGGCCCUGCACACCUGUGACAUGGUGGAUGCGUAUGGAUUUAUCACAGAGGACCACGAUAAAUAUCCCAACUACUAUGCUGAGAGGAACUCUAAAACCAAAGUCAUCUUCUACUCUAAUCACGACUACAACCUAGAGAUUAAGACCUGGAAGAAACUACAUGACACCAAGAUCAUCCGGCUUUAUCAGAGACAGGAGGACCCAGAGGGAAAGACAGGCAAAACAAAACAACCAUAAAACCCCGUCUGUCUGCAGAGGUGGACAAAGAUACAUCAAAAUGUGUCUGUUACAAAAUACCCUAAAGAACAAUUGUAAUGGGGAAAUGUAAGAUCAAUAACGUUCAUAUUUAGUUGUGUGGUUAACACAAUGUUAGCAAAUUGAUAUAUUGUUCCUUUCUGUAAUAUACAUGAUUUCCAGUGUUCUGUUUGGGAAUCUCGGGUUGAUGGUGGUCACUAGACUCGAUGCUGUAUGUUAUGGAUUAAACUCAUAAUAGUCAACCCAGGAACUGUGGUUGAAAAUUAGCUGGCUGGCUAAACCUGCACAUUCACUGAAACGUUGAUUAUUAAUGUGCACUAUCCUUGUAAAAAAAUAAACUCUAAUAAUUGUU